CAUCCGAAGAUGAUAGGUGAUGAAAAUCCUAAACACGAGACGAAAAGCCCGCCUCCUAUCAGCUCUGACGUAGCUGUAGUGGACGACAGAAUAAUGGCAGUUGCAACGCAAGCUGCGAGUUCGACGCCUAUAUCACAACUCAAUGUAACAAAGUCGUCACGGGUCCAUAUCGGACCCAAGUUCAUAUCAGUAACUCAAACCGUCAGGAAUACAGAAGAAAUCAAAGAACUUCCACUGCCGCGCUUCAUAUGGAAAGUGUUGAAGAAUACAAGUAGAGUGGAAAGAUCGCUAUGUGCUGCUGCUGUUUCAGCUUUAAUCAUAUGUAUAGCGUUGACACUUUACUUCACACUGUCAGCCAAGGCGACCACUGACGACGAUGUUGCACCUCACCCAUGGAACAUCUCUAGAGAUAUGUGGCUGGCCAAGAAGUACAAUGGGUCAGAAGCAAUUACACAGUUUGUGCCGUUGCGACUGGUCAUCGUCCAACACACGGUGAGCGCGAAAUGCUCCAACUUUAUCACGUGUGCGGCCGAAGUCCGGAUCAUCCAAACGUUUUAUUUGGAAAAACAAAAAUAUGACAUUCCUUACAAUUUCAUAAUUGGCAACGACAAUAGAGUUUAUGAAGGACGCGGUUGGGGCAUUAUGGGAGCACAUACUUUAUCUUAUAAUAGCUGUUCGGUCGGUGUGGCUUUUAUAGGUGAUUACCGCGAGCUGGAAGCCACAGAUCUUCAGAUUAAUAGAACACAGAUGUUACUUGACGACGGCGUAAGAAGGGGUUUCCUACAUCCCGAUUACUAUAUUGUUGGUGCUUGUGAUAUCCGUGAAACAGUCAGUCCGGGAAUCAACCUGUAUAAUGCCUUAAAAAAAUUGAAGCAUUUUGAUCACAGCGGACGUUUCAAACACAAAACUUGUACGCAAAUCUAUGCAAUGAUCGAAAGUGAAAACUAAAUGUGCCACUACUUUUAAUAUUAGUUCGUUUUAAGCAUAUUUUUACUAUAAAGAUAUGGAGUUAAAGUGAAUCUUGAUCAUAAUAACAGAUCGUAAAGGAUUUUUGAUCGGUCCUUACUAUAAUUAUAUUCGACACUAUUGUCCAAUUAACGGCAAACGAAAGCUUAUACUGUUAAUGUUUUUAUCAAAACCAUUCAAAUCUACGAAAUAAAUGACUAUAACGUAUUUUUUAUCUAUAGCAAACGUUUACCAAACAUUUGUUUAGGCAAAUUAAUACGUCAAUUUAUAAUCCCGAAUCAAUGAGAAGUUGUCAUCGUUCAAAUUCAAAGUUCAUGUAAGUCGUGUAGUUUUUGUGAAUUUCUUGUGAAUUUUGUGCAACUGUAGACGCCGCAAAAGCAUCACGAAACAUUGAAGGCAAAGCACCGGCCCAGUACCGAGUCUAUAAUUUAAGACUAUAAAUAUGCACGAUAGAAUAAGAUGAAGAUAAUAACAAUAAUAAUACAGAGAUUAAGAUAAUAAUAAGAACAAUCUAUCCUAGUAGGUGCACGGUAAUGUUUCGUAUGUACUAGUAUAGUUUGAUGCGGAAAUGCUCUAUUGAUAUUUGCUAGAUGAUGUGUGGAAGAAGAUUGACAAAUUGAAGCCCUCAAACUACAAGUUGAACAGACAAACAACUAGACGAAUAAAUUAAAGCAUCUGUUAAUUUUAAAAGCUUUAUUUUAGUAAAAGAUCUUAUAUUGUACAAUAGAUCGACCUCAUAAUAUGUCAGUGCUAAGAAAAGAAACGAUGCAUCUAUCUAUGAAAUCACAAAUAAUAUGUUAAAUGUUUAUUCAGAGAUUCCUUUAUGAUAUUUUGCUCUGGAAUACUUUGAUUUGACAGAUUGACAAGAUUGUGGGUUGUGUUGUGUUUGUGGGUUAAGUUGCACAUUAAAUAUUUUUAUUCGUCGACAACGGUGCUUGGAAUGCCUAAAAGCAACGAGAGUGAAUUGGUAGGAUCCGAAAUGACAUGUUUUCGGCGACAGCGACUAUAUGUUAUCCGAACGUGUAUCAGAUCGGGUAUGAAAUCCAUUAAAGUUUUCAGAUUAGAUUAGAGAUUAUGUUUUUGUACGACAAAUUCUAUACAAUGUAGAACUCAGAACAAUAUCCUGCGUAAUGAAACCUACGCUGCUUGCAUUAAUCGAGAAUAUACAAUUACCAAAACAAAAUCGAUGACUUUUCUCCCAACCCUUAUAAGACAAUUUUAAUUAUUGUUGUAUUGUAAUGUAAAUCAUAAGGUGUCAGUAAAUAUUGUUGAAUUUCGCUAAGGGGCUAAUAGUACUGAAGACGAUAAUGAUACAAAUUCCAGCUUUUAUAUAAUUUCAGUGAAUAAUAUUUUAUGGAUUAUGGAUGGAAAUACGUGAAGCAAAAACUUUUUACCCCUUUUUGCGAAAGUUGCGUGGACAGGGGAUAAUAAA